AUGCGAGCCAAUAACGUCAAAUACGAGCUCAGAUGUAUGCUCUUCCCAACCACACUCACUACACUAGCAAAGAAUUGGCUUGACAAAUUCCAGAGACACUCGAUCUCAGCAUGGGAACAACUGUCCUGGGAAUUCAAGAAGCAGUUUCAGGCAGUGAAGAGAAUCAAACCUGAGGCAUCAACAUUGACAAAUGUCAGGCAGCAUCCAGGUGAGUCAUUAAAAAGUUACCUGGCAAAAUUCAAUAUAGAAGUAGCACGAGUUGGAGUAUUGCCAGGGAGUCCCCUUUGGGAUGACAUGCAAAGAAAACCCGUGAGGUCGAUAGUCGAGUUCAAUACUCAGGCUCAGAGGUUUGUCAAUGUAGAAGAGGCAAGGUCGGCACUCAAGCUGACUCCUAAGCCCAUAAUAACUACAACGACAAACGUUAACUUAGCCACCACCUCGGCUACACCCUCCUCGUCAAGACCCUCGGGAGAUAACCCUUCCAAGAGAAAAAAUAAUGAAGGGAAUAACUCGGAGGCUAACGGGGGUAAGAAAAAGAAAGGAGAAAAAUACUUCUCCAUUAAUACAGUUUAUACCAAGCUAACAGAUACUCAGGAGAACAUAUUUGUCACAAACGAAAAUCAGGUCCCUUUCAGACGUCCUGAUCCGAUGCGAAACCAGAAAUCCAAAAGGGACGCAAAUAAGUUCUACAGAUUUCAUAAAGGUAUUGAUCAUACCACUGAUGAAUGUAGACAGUUAAAAGAUGAGAUUGAAGGUUUGAUCUCGAGAGGAUACUUCGGGUAG